AUGACUGUUCUAAUCCUCAAGCUUACCGAAGAGGACGUUGCCUUCACUAGUGACACUUUCAAGGCCUUUCAGGAGAUCUUCCUCGGUAUCCGAUACCUCAUCAUCGACGAGAAGUCUAUGGUCGGGCUUGAUAUGCUAUUUUGGGUCGAGCAGCGUUUCCUCUGCCUCAAGGAUGACUCCGUCCUCGUGGAGCUCCUCCACGUCGCCACUGAGAAGGGCCCGUUGCUUGCCCUGGAAGUGGAUGGUGUUGCCCUCCUGUACCUGCUUGUAAGGCAGAGCCGGGCCCACGCGUUCGAUGACAAUGCGGGCGGCGGCGGCGCGAGCGGUAGGGGGCCCACUGGGGGGGCCACUGGGGGCGGCACUGGGGGGGGGGGGCGUUGA